AUGUCAGUAGGUAUUUGCGGAGGUGGAUUAGCUUAACCUACAUUUAAACGUGCUUAUCGAAUGGUUUCACUUAAGAACAUUGUCAUACUUAAGAAGCUAUAAAUGAUAAAAGAUUCAGAUGUUCUGAUGAAGAUUAAUGUCAUUAAUAUAAUUAAGAUGGAUGUGAGUCUGUAAAUAGUCCUAAGAGAUGUUAUGUAUCAGAAUUUGUAUAUGUUAAAACUGCCAGAGAUGUGA